AACCUUGAAAUAAAACAAUUAUCAAAAUUGUUAUUGUGACCCUUAUGGGUAUAAUCCAUCGCGUAAUUGCUUUCCUUAGAAAAUUUGAAUAACAUGUUACACAAGUACUAGUGGCUUGACAAGUCCUUAAAAAUAUUUCAAUAUUUCGAAAUAACUUUUAUGCCAAUAUAUUAAUGUUAUGGAAUUUCCAAUGGACGCAAAGAAAAAUAAAAGGAUCAAAUCCAAGUCAAAAUGAAAACAUUAUAAACACUUUGGGUAGUCCUAAGACGACUGGACCUGCCACCCCCCUAACAACUUCCAGUCCAAUUGCAACUAGCAUUAUAGAUGAGAAUGAGGAUCAAAUGCCUGCACCAGUUAAUGAUAAUAACGAAGUUAGUACCACACCUCCCUCUCAUCAUUCAGUUACAUACGGUGAUUAUGCGUUAGUAACACCAAAGUCGUCACGUAACAGCUUAGGAAUCGUAGCAAGCGGUGGAGCAGGAGGAGGAGGAGGAGGAGGAGGAGGAGGAGGAGGAGGAGGAGGAGAAAGAGGAGGAGGAGGAGUAGGAGUAGGAGUAGGAGUAGUAGUACUAGCAGCAGGAGUAGCAGCCGGGGCUGGUGGAGUUGGCGCGCCAGGAAUAGCUAAUAUAACGACUUCAUCGCCAAUACAUAGCGGUGAUAAUAAUGCUUUCAGUACCAUUAACAUAGCUAAUGAUGAAAAUCCAUUACCUCAAAAUUUAUCCAAUAUUAGCGACGCUAGCGGCAAUAAUUUAAAUGAAUCACAGUUAAUAAUUGGCAAUAAUGCGGAUAACGUCGUUAACGUAAUCAAUAUGGGACAGCAACAACAUCAAUUCCAAUUGAAUAAUCAAAAUAUUAAUAGCUGUUGUAAUAGCGGUAAUAGCAAUAAUAACAAUUCUGUUGAUGCACAGAAUAACGCCAAUCGACUUAAUACCCAACCAUUAACGGCUGCAGUUGCGUCGACAGCAACUAAUACGGCAUUACCGGCAUUAGGCAAUAAUUCCGCAAUGAUACCGCAGAGGCAGUCUUUACUGCCAUGGGGUACACACUCACGCAGUUCCGUUGUCAAUAUGAUACCAUAUACGUUAGCUACCAGUGUCGGUGUUACAAAUCAAAAUGAAAAUAAUGAUAACAAUAGCUUAAGGCCAGGCGAAAUUGUGAUGCGUAAUCUAUUCUUAGAUUUCACUUUGCAAGCGGAAAAGAAAAUUGAACUUGUAAUGCUCGAAAGUGCCGAUAAAACUCUAUCGAAAUUGUUGCAACGCGGCGAAGAUCAACAAUUUGAUCAAUUGUUAUCGGCUUUAGGUAGUGUUGCUGAGCAUUGUUUGCCUUCGUUAUUGCAUACGCUAUUGGCUUGGCAUCGACGGCAAUUGUCCGAUGCGGAAAUUAAAAAUGAUUUGAAACGUAUGGAGAAAUCAGCGAACGCCAGCAAACCUAUGAAUGGCAUUGAAUUGGAAUUUCAAUUGCAACGAAGAGAAGCUGCCGUUGAAUUCAUUUUCUGUUUAGCUCUCAUCGAAAUUUUAAAGCAAUUACCAUUUCAUCCGGGUCAUGAGGACUUGGUGCGUAGUAUUGAAAAUUUGGCUUUCAAACAUUUUAAAUACAAAGACGGUUUGCAAAACAAUCCCAACGCCCAUAAUAUACAUAUUAUAGCGGACUUAUACGCUGAGGUAAUCGGUGUUUUGGCCCAAUCCCGUUUCAGUUCGGUGCGUAAACGUUUCAUGAAUGAAUUAAAAGAUUUAAGAGCCAAAGAGCCCUCUCCACACACCACGCAAAGCAUAAUUAGUUUGUUAAUGGGUAUGAAAUUUUUUCGCGUAAAGAUGGUGCCUAUUGAAGAAUUUGAGGCAUCAUUUCAAUUCAUGCAUGAAUGCGGUCAAUAUUUCUUAGAAUUAAAAGAUAAGGAUAUUAAGCACGCCUUGGCUGGUCUAUUCGUCGAAAUUCUUGUACCCGUAGCCGCAGCCGUUAAAAAUGAAGUGAACGUACCCUGCGUUAAAAAUUUCGUUGAGUUAUUGUAUGUGCAAACACUGGACGCUUCUACGAAAUCGAAACAUCGUUUAGCUCUUUUCCCUUUGGUAACAUGUCUGCUAUGCGUUUCGCAGAAGACAUUCUUCCUAUCGAAUUGGCAUUACUUUUUGGCCAUGUGCUUGAGUAAUUUAAAAAAUCGUGAUUCAAAAAUGAGCCGUGUAGCCUUGGAGUCCUUAUAUCGCCUAUUAUGGGUUUACAUGAUACGUAUUAAAUGUGAAUCGAAUUCGGCUACACAUUCGCGCCUGCAAAGUAUUGUAAAUUCAUUAUUUCCCAAGGGCUCGAAAGGUGUUGUACCGCGAGACACACCACUUAAUAUUUUCGUUAAGAUAAUACAAUUUAUAGCUCAAGAACGCUUAGAUUUUGCUAUGCGUGAAAUAGUUUAUGAUCUGCUGUGCGUAGGGCGCUCUAUUAAGCUAAUACUUAAUCCCGAACGUAUGAGUAUUGGCUUGCGUGCUUUCUUAGUGGUCGCUGAUUCUCUACAGCAGAAGGACGGCGAACCUCCAAUGCCUCGCACAGUACCUGUCUUGCCCUCCGGCAAUACGUUGCGUGUUAAGAAAACCUAUAUCAACAAAAUGCUAACGGAUGACACUGCGCGUAGUAUCGGCAUGUCGACGUAUUUUCCACACGUGAGACGUGUAUUUGUCGAUAUACUGCGAGCCCUGGAUGUUCAUUAUGGGCGUCCACUAAUGAUGACGAAUACACAAAAUCAAAAUAAAGAGCCCGAUGAAAUGCUCUCGGGCGAACGUAAACCUCGCAUUGAUCUCUUUCGUACUUGUGUGGCGGCCGUGCCUCGUUUAAUUCCCGAUACAAUGACACCGCAAGAGUUAGUGGACUUAUUGUCGCGUCUCACGGUGCACAUGGACGAGGAGUUGCGUAUGUUAACGCAUCAAUCAUUACAAACGUUGGUAAUCGAUUUUCCGGAUUGGCGUCAGGAUGUCGUGCACGGUUACACACAGUUUCUGGUGCGCGAUGUCACCGACACCUAUCCGCAAUUAUUGGAGAAUUGCACUCGUAUGCUGUUUGUCUUUUUAAAUAUAUGGCGAUGUGCCAUUAAUGUUAAUGGCAAUAGUUCUACUGGUGGUAAUAAUUUAAAGACACCCACCGCCAGUGGUAACGUAGCCGCUUCAACAAACAUUACCAUUGGGCCAACGAAUAAUCAAGGUCUCGCUGGAGCGGGUGGUGUGAUUAACGUUGGUAUUGGUAAGGAUACUGCAACCAGUCAACUCUCGAGUGUCAGUAAUGCGAAAAAUACCAAUUCGAGUGCGACUUCAAGCAUUACUUCGAGUGGCAUUUCAACCAUAACACAAACAACUGUAAUAAAUAUGGCGGAUGCAAAUAAAAAGAAUGAAAUUCCUUUAGCUACAACGCUGCACUUUGUGGAGGGUUACGCUUUAGUACUCUUAUGUAAUUAUCGGCCUUAUCUACGUAAGCUAGCGGCGAUGAUACUGAAAGAAGUAAAGAAUCUUAUGAAAGCUUUAUGUUUACCCGAAAACGAACCGCCAUUACUCGAUGUUAUUGACAAAUGCUGUCCACAGAUUUUAGAAAAAUGCUUGCCACAUUUGCCUCAAACCGAAAAGACGGCCAUACUAAAUGCCACACAAAUCGACUUACAGUGGAUAGCUGAACGUUCUAGUGGUGUUUGGUUGGGUGGACAAACUGAUGAUAAUUCAAAGUCUUCCACAUCUACACUGAAUUUAUCACAAAGUAGUGCCAUGCCUCAACAACAAUUUGAUCCCUGGUCGGUUUGUUUAUUUGGCUUCCUCGAAAGAGAUCGUAUACUACAAAAAUGCCCGUCAGUUGUAACUCAGGCGUGGCCUAUAUGCUAUGUUAGAGUAACAACGCUAUAUAGUGUAAUCGAUCCAACACCGGUGAGCGAUAAUCGCGCAUCACUUUUGCGUUCGUCGGCUCCCACAAAGAAAGUGCCCACCGAAAGUCAAAAAGAUUUGUAUUUACGUUUAUGGCGAAAUCAGGUGGCUAUGGCUAUGCGUUUAGUACCUCAAAUACCUAGUGUUGCCAUACGCUGCGCCUCUCCCGAUCUAAGCUUAAGUUUACAAGAUCAAUCGGAUUCCCGUUCACUAUCCGAUUCUUUGGAUAAUAUACCUUCGAAUGUUUUUGGACCCGAAGGAAUUGUAACACGUUUCACACUGCCGCUAUCCUAUGGUCGUAAAGAGGCGCGACAAAAACGUUUGGGCUCUUCACCAGAUAGUUUGAAUGCCGAUCGUAGUGAUAAAUCCGCUUUGGGUUCGGCUUCACCGCAAGCUUUAUAUAAGCUAGUAGUGCCGUUGCUGCGUUGUGAGGUAGCAGAUGUACGUGAUGCUGCCGUUAAUGCGCUUGGCAUGAUUAACCAUGAUGCUCUCAAAGAUAUAAUGGAGGAACUCGUUGUCUACAUACGUGAAGCGGUUGAUAGAAAGCAAGAGAAUAUGAGACGGCGUCGUAGACGUGAUGCUUUACGUUUACAGUUGGUGCGAGUAUUAGAGAAAAUUGCUGAAAACGGUACAUUUGGCGUUUGUACUUGUGUUUUAGAGCGCGAUACAAUGUCGCUGCAUCCAACAUUUGUUGAAUAUAUUGAAGGUGCUAUGCAAUAUUUAAUAUCUGAGACUGAUAAGGAUAAUAUUAGUAUACGUGAAGUUAAGGCACAUUUUUGUAAUUUUAUACGCAAAAUGAUUAAGAAUUUUUCAUUGGAGUCAUGCGCUACUUUAUUAACACGCGAUUUGAAACGUAAUUUAUUUAAUUUGUUUGCCACGUGGUGUGGUCUAUUUUCAAAACCUUUGGGGAUUACCUCACAAAUUGGUCAAACACCCGAAGAGGAGAAAUUGCAAUUUAGUGCUUUACAGGCAAUGUCAGCUCUUUUGUGUUGUGGUCAUGUCUUUUAUACACCCUAUCUUUCCGAUGAUGGCAUUAUUUAUAAAUGGUUGGAUAUGCUGCUCACGUCUAAAGAUGAAAAGAUUUAUCAGUUGGCACGUGAUACGGUGGUUUUGUUAUUAGAAUCUAAUCCUGAUAUGGGUCAAUUAUUGGAAUGGGUUAUUGAUCGUUGUUAUACAUCAACAUCCCGUGAAGCUGAUGCUUGCUUCUUAGCUUUGGCCUCAAUAUUUAGUGCGAGAGAAUAUCCUUGUGAUCAUUACACAUCAGUUAUUACGGUCACGUUACUGAUGACCGGUUGUCCACGUGUUGAAAUACAUUCGGCAGCAUUACUAUUGUUACAAAUACUGGAUAAACGUUUCUUUGGCAGCGUGGGCCCCCUGCAUACAGACAAUGAAAAAGAAGAUGAUAAAGUUGGAACAUUAGAUGUUUUGCUCAGCAGCGCCUAUUGUCGUUCGCAACGUUUUCUUUCGAAGCAAUUAGCGCAAUUACGUCCCGAAUUGACAAUGUCCAUGUUCUCGGAAAUCACGCAUCGUUUUCAAACAGCACGUGAAGACGUACGCACUCUGCUGUUGCAAUGUUUAUUACCCUGGUUGCAUAAUAUGGAAUUAGUAGCUACCACGGUACCACCAGCUACCCCUCUCUCCUAUAUUAUGUAUUUUCCAGAUUCGGGGACAAGGGGUCGUCGCGAAGGCGCUGGUUCUACCGAAGCCACCGAAAUGAUACUUAAUAAUUUAUUUUAUAUAACGGCAAAGUUUUCGGAUACCCAUCCGCGGGACAUUGAAGAAUUAUGGGGAACUUUAUGCCAAUUUUGGCCAAAUAAUUUAAAAGUUAUUCUACGUUAUUUGGUAAUAAUGAGCGGUAUGGCGCCAAAUGAACUCUUACCCUAUGCUAAACGCGUCGCCUUAUAUUUGGCUCGGACUUGUCCUGAUCGUUUAUUGGAUGAAUUAAUGGCUGAAUUGCAAACGGUUGAAACACUUAAUUGCCUAAUUGAACGCACGGAAACGCCGCCAUUUUAUCGUUUAACAAGCAUGCGAAAGGCUUCCAGUCAUUCAGCUGAUGGUCAACCUGCUGGUGGCAUAAAUGAUUCACGUAUACAAGAUCUGACCGUAGAAAAAGGUACAAUUCACACAAAACGGCAUAGUGGUGAGGAUCCCAUUAAAACUGGAACCUGCAAAUCUGAUAGUGGUAUACGUGCGUUCACACAAUCUACCAACAAUCGACCACCGCGUGGAGCAGAUAAAAUACGCGCUGCUUCUGGCCCUUCCAUCUUACCCCGUCCCGAAGAUAUUCUAAUUAACGAUCCUGAGUUGCGUCAAGAGGAAAAUGUCGAAUUACGUAGUGCCGAGACAGGUAAUGUUCCACCUCAUCCCUUACCCAUGCCCGAAUAUGGCGGUUACUUUGCUCCACUCACCGAAUUUUUACCCGAUGUUAGUCUGCCUAUAAGCGGUUUUCAUCGAUGCAAUGUCGCUGUAAUGCUAUUAACAGAAAUUGUAGUCGAUGGCAUACCAGGUAUCGAUUGGACGCUACAUUUACCUUUAAUGUUGCAUAUAUUGCUCCUAGGUUUGGAUCAUACACGCGUUAUUGUCCGAGAACAUUGCAAACAGCUGUGCAUGAAUUUAUUGAUUGUGUUGGCUGAACACAACGAUCACUUAACCGUGGCACGUAUUUUAUUAAACAGUGCCACUACUAAGUUAGAUCUGGGUUUAACGGUACCUUCAUUGCCAGUGAUCGAUAAUAAUUUUACAGAAUCUCAGCAGGAAUUCGAUAGUUAUUUAUAUUAUAUGAAUCCCGCGUGUUGCGUAAUUACGCCAGUUACAAUUGGCACGAAUGCAAUGUACGCUAUACAGCAGCAACAAUCGACGACAAAUAAUAAUCAAAUGCCUUAUCAUACAGUUAAUCAGCAGCUUAUUAUGGUUACAAACAUAAAUACCGCACAGCAACAACAACAGCAGCAACAGACGCAACAUCAGAGCAUACAACAUCAACACCCUCAGCAGCCGAUUUCGCAGUUAUCAAAUAGCAGUCUACAGCAAUUGCAACCACCAUCAUCGUCAUCACAACAUCAACAAACGCAACAACAACAACAGCAACAACAACAACAACAGUUAUCAUUGCAAUCAACAACAACCAAUGUGGUAGUGGUGGCGGCAUCGACUACAAGUGGUCAAAAUGUAGGUAACACCAUACAAAUAAAUCCUAAUACAAGCGAAAACUCUGAAGUUCCUUUAAUAAUUGCCGAUGAAAAUGCACCACCGCAACCAGGUCCGACGAUGCCAAUAGCGCAUGUAAUUAAAAGUCUCUUGAAAUUUUUAGCACAUGACACCUGUCAACCACUAUGGAAUUAUGAGGAUAUAACAGCAAAAGUAUGGUCUAUAAAAUCAGCCGAACAACUCAGUUGUUUUUUGCGACACAUUGUGAAAGUAUUUUCUGACAGCUAUCCGCAAGCUCGUAUCGCGGAACGUUGGGCUCAAACGGCUCUACAAUUAGGCUUGUCAUGUUCGUCACGUCAUUACGCUGGACGUUGCUUGCAAAUUUUUCGUGCUCUCAAUGUACCAAUAAAUUCUCGUAUGCUCUCCGAUAUACUGUCACGUCUGGUGGAAACUGUGGCCGAGCAAGGGGAAGAUAUGCAAGGUUAUGUAACCGAACUAUUACUUACUCUUGAAGCGGCGGUUGAUAGUUUAGACUCCGAUUUUCGUCCAUUGGACGUAAUGAAAGACAUAUUCAAGAGCACGCCAAAUUUAAAUAAUAAAGAUGGUGGAACAAACUCAAUAUUGGCUGGCGGUAAGAAGUCGCCCUCCGGCAUGACACCACAAUCGCCAAAUUUCUCAUUACAAUCUCAUGCUAGAAGUACAAGUUAUUCAGUGUCAUAUUGCGCCCGCAAAAGUAGCAAUUCGCCGUGCGAUAAGCAAGUUGAAUUGCGCAAUCGUGCGACUUGCUUGGAUAUGGAACGUAAUAUGGCUAAAUUUGGUAUAGCCAGUGGAUCAGCUUUGUCCCGUUCAAGAAGUGCGCAAAGUCUAAAAAUGUUAGGUGACACUGCCACACAGGAUGACAAAAUGACAAUUUUGGCUCAAUUAUUUUGGCUUUCGGUAUCUUUAUUGGAAAGCGAUUAUGAGCAUGAAUUUCUACUGGCUUUGCGUCUAUUAACACGUGUCCUGCAUCGUCUACCUUUGGAUAGGCCAGAUGCCAGGGAUAAGGUGGAAAAAUUGCAACAACAAUUAAAAUGGGCCGGCUAUCCAGGAGUACAUGCUUUACUUUUAAAAGGCUGCACUCAUGUAACAACUUAUGAACCCACCAUUACCUUGCUCUCUCAAUUUGCUCCGCUGUUGAAUUUGCCAGUUUGUGAUCCCACACAGAGUUGCGCUUUUCCCAUGAAUGUUAUGGCUUUACUGCCGUACAUGUUAUUACAUUUCGAAGAUGCUAAUGAGAUUUGUAUACGCAGUGCUGAAAAUAUUGCGCAGGUCUCAUCAGAAUUGGGAGCUAAAUUGGAAAACCUGGGCACCGUAAUGACACUAUACAGUCGAAAAACAUUUUGCAAAGAAUCCUUUCAAUGGACGAAAUGUGUAGUGAAAUAUUUACACGAUACAUAUGCUCACAUGGGGUUGCAUAUGCUCGCCUUUCUAAUUGAGGUGUUGGAGAAAGGACCGCCACAAAUACAAGUCCCUGUUCUAAAUGUCAUGCAUUGCAUGUUACACUAUGUGGACUUGUCUACGCAGCAGGCUCAAACUAUAAAUAGCGACUUGUUGAGGGCAAUAGGAAAAUAUCUGGAGACUGUUAAUUGGAAGGAUUCUUUGAAGAUUUUAAAGUUAAUUGUUACCCGAAGCUCUUCACUACAAGUAGUGCCUCCCAGCGAGGGCGGCAGCGUCGGUCUAUCGUUCUCUUUCUAUGGUACAUAUCCGGAUUCGGAUAUGUUCUGUAAAAAGGAACUAGCCGGACGCACUAUGGAAUUUACAUUUGACGUCUCACAAACUCCGUUAAUAGGACGACGCAUCUUACUAAAAACAGAAGAAAGCUCCGGUUCGGGGGGUGGUGGCGGUGGCGGUGGUGGCAGUGGCACAACGACAACCAUCAUAUCUAACAGUACAGCUACUACAACCAUUACAUCUUCGUCCAGUAAUACAUCCUCGACUAGCAAUCUACAUUCUCAAACGUCCAUUAGUAAACAAUCAGGAAAUAAUAACAAUAAUGCUCACUUAAAUCAGCAGCAACAUAACAACACCACGGCGGGCACGCCCAAUUCACCGCGACGUAGCGCUAGCCUAUCACCAGCCGACACAGCACCUCUAAGCGGUUGGAAGCGUCCUUGGAUGUGCCAAAGUCGUGUCAGAGAAUGCUUAGUGAAUCUAUUAACGACUUGCGGUCAACGAGUCGGUCUACCUAAAUCGCCCUCGUCUUUAAGUCCUACGCUUCUAACCGGAUCUAUUAUACAUACCAGACAAAGUGUGAUCUUUAGUCAGUCAUCGGACUUAAUGGAAAGACAAUCAUCUGCGGCGUCUUCAACCGAAGAGACUUCCGGCCCACAGGGUGAUUUGAGUAGCGGUUCCAGGCGUGAUGACGGUCAACCGGAUUUUACAGUAUUCAAAGAUUUCGAUUUCCUGGAGUAUGAAGACAGCAUUGCCGGUGAAUCGACAGACAAUUUUAAUUGGGGUGUACGCAGACAUCAAUUAUUUGAAGGUGAAGAGGAUAUAUUCAAUUGCAGUAGUGGAAUGGGUGUUAGUGGGAUUGGAGGUGGUGCUGGUGGGUCCAUUAAAGGCGGCCAUUCAUCAGCAUUAGAGGACAGUUUCAGCGAUAAAACGCCUAUACUUAGUAAGCGUAGACGGCAAACAGCUGAUGAUUCUUCAGAUGAAGAGGCUGAAUCUGAAUCGCCUAUUGACGAAGACCAUCGCCAAUCGUUUAUAAAGACAACAUUUAAUGUUGGACCGCCCACGUCAUUGAGUUUGAGAGAGAGACGCCGGCGUAAUUCAGUGUCGCGCAGUGAUACCAGCGGCUCAAGUGCCGGCGAUCUAGGCGACAUAACGCCUUGCAAUGCUUCACCUCAUCUUCCCAGCAUCAUACGUUUCGGCGCAGCGGUAAGAGAUGAAGCGGAGGAAAACUGGCGAAAACAAUUACAAUCUAUGCUAAUGAACCAACCUUCAGCUCAUACGUCCGAACUGUUACUGCAACUGUACCGUCUUAUUAAAGAAUUAACUUUUAAAACCAUUAGUAUCUCCAAAGAGGCCAAAAAAUUCUUUACCGGUAUUGGAUCCCAAUUGGGUAAUAGAAUUUCCUUAUUCACCGAUUUGUUAAGUUCGCGGGCCGAUCCACCGCGAGUUUGGUGCAGUGAUAAUCAAACGACAACUCCUCGACUAUUUGAAACUUUGCGUUUCAACGUUUUAGAAAUACAGGAGCACUUGGAAACUUUUUUCGACAGAAAAGAUCAAGUUUUAGAGUGUUUGGAUACCGUAAAGUCGUCAUGCAAGCUAUCUUUAUUUAAUGAGAAUGAUGUAACGGUAACCGGUUUGGAUUUGGCGACAACUUCUAGCAUACCGUAUAUGCCUUUCGAUCCAGCUUCAACUGAAGUGGUCUUAGAUUUAGGUCGAGCCUUGUAUAAACUGAUGUUCCAGUUAUUGCUCUUGAUUGAAUCGAACCACAAAAUUAGUUCGAAUGUCGUCAAUCAUUUUCGGCAAACUGAAAACAUGCAUGACAUUUCGGAUUUAUAUGCUUUGGUGCGCGAUGCUCUAGUACGCAGUGUCAGCGAAGCUGAAUUAGAAAUCUUAGACACAUCCAAUUCUACCACGGAGGGGGAACAUACACCAACCCCUUCACCUGGCCUACCAAUGUCUAAUGACGAAUUUGAGAGCACAUUGCAAGAGUUAAUUGACGGCAAGAAAUGGUUAGCGGCUAUAACACACGUGCGUCAAUACAAACGCAUAUCCCAGAUGACGACCUCUAAUCCAAACCUAACAAUAUUCGCUUACAGCAACUUGGAUACGCGUCUCAAAUUCGAUGAGAUGUCGAUAAUAUUAAACACUUACGCUCAAAAUAUCAUGAAAGAUCGUCAAGAAGCAUUUAUUGUCUCCAAAUCAGAUUCCGAACUCUUUGAAGUGUAUGCCAUACUCUCUGAAAAUCUUUAUCAUGUUUCGAGUGCUUUGACCACUAUGGAAAUCAAUUUAAAAAGUUAUGCUAACAGUGCCGCUUGUAUAACAGCCGGUCUAAGAACAGCUGAUUCCAGCGAUGUUGUGACGAAUCUUUAAAAGGAUCAUUUAAAAACGGAAGAGAUUUGCUGAAUUGUAACGCGAAAGUAUUUUAAUAUGGAACAAGUUUUAUUUUAUUUAUUUAUUUAUUCUUUUUUUUGAUUCAAAAGAUGUAAAAAAAAAAA